AUGUCUGGAAGCACACAAGGAUUGCUGCAGCCUCAAAUCUUCGAGAGCUUGCAAAAGAAGAUCGACGAAGAGACUGAAGUCAGAGAAUCAAUCCGCGAGAUUGUGCAAACACUUGAAAAGCAAGAUCGAUCAACACAGGCAAUUCUUUCCCGCGCACACUCUUCAAGCAAAAACGAGCUUCCUGCUGUCGUUUCUUCGGCUCAAGAUUCUAUCAGCAAGGAAGUUGAAUCUAUCGUCAAGCUUUCAGAUGCUGCUUCAAAGUAUCCUUACUACAAGUACAAUGGCAUGUGGACAAGACAUGUACAAGACGCUUCCUUCUCGAUCUUGUUCUGUGGCUACCUCGGUGGCUUCUCUGAUAUUGGAGCUGGAUCUCAGGAUGGCCGUCUUCUGACCCUCGAGGAGGUUGGCCAGAUUAUGAACAUCCCCGUCAACGUUAAGGACAGAGACGUCUUCCAUCUGACUAUCGAGGAGUACCUUCAGUCGUUGAUUUCUUUGGUUGAUGAACUUGCACGUCUCGCUCGCAACAGUGUGACUCAGGGUGACUACUCUCGUCCUGUUCACAUUGCAAAGUUCAUCAAGCACCUGCAUGCCGGAUUCCAGAUUUUGAAUCUCAAGAACGAUUCUCUCCGCAAGAGAUCGGAUGGUAUCAAGUACCGCGUCAAGGAAGUCGAAGAUGUUGUGUAUGAUCUCAGCCUCAGAGGCCUUGUGCCCAAGGAGUAG